UUCUUCAAAAAAUAGCUCAAAAAAGCUGAAAAUAGAACUUUAAAGCUAAAGCCAUAGAAAAAUAUUAGCAAUUAUACUAAAUUAUAAAAAAAUUGAGCAAAUCAAUUCAUGAAUUUCAGAUCAUUUAUUAGUGCAUUCCUUCAGGGGGAAAAUAUAGCUUUUGCUUCUAUUAACUAUUCUGCAUACUUGGGAACUCUGAUUUUUGGUUUCUUUGGAAGUUAAAUAAAAAACAAGAAAAUUUUCCAAAAAAAUAAACUUUUAUGGAAAAAAUUUGCAAAAUAAAAUAAAAGCAGAAAUAUAUACUCUAAACUUCAUUACAUUAUAGAUUAAACUAUAAAUACUGAAUGCCAGUUCGACAAUGAAUCCCAACUUUUGUUUUUAGAUGAAGGUUUUCUAUUGAAACUUGAAAUUUAUUGA